UUAAAAAUGAAGACUACACUGAAAGUGGCGUUUUUAUUGGGAUUGUUGACGACAAUCCGGAGCAGUGUUCUGAAGCUAGAUGAAGAAAGCGAAGAAUACUUGGGCGAGUACCUGUCGAUAGAUGACAUCAGGUUCCUGAUGGAGCUCAAGGAGUUCCGGAACGCCGCGAUCGAGAUCGACUUGGUCGAUAUUAAAAACAAGAAACAUCGGCACACGCAUCACGCGCACCAGAAGCCGAGGGUGCUCUAUCAGAUUGGGAGCAGCGAAAAAGAGCUGCCAGAGUGUACCAAGAACGAAGUCUGCAGCAAAGUUGACCUCUACGGCACCCCCUGGGUCGAGAGACAGUGUAGAUGCCCGGAAGGACAUAGUUGUCCGAAAAGCCUUCAUGCUACUGAUGGACACACGAUAGUGGAUAAAACCAGACAGUACAAGCUUUGCGAGCCUGUUAAGAGACUGCCUAUUUGUCGGUACUUUAAAGAUGUAACGUGGACAUUAGCACCAGGCAGUGGUCCCAGAAAUACAACAAUCCAAAAAAUCAACUGUCGUUGUCGACCUGGCAGUGUUCCGUACCUUGUCAAAAGACAGCCGCACAGAACUUCUGAUGGAAGUCCUAAUUUUAUUUAUUCCUUCGCCUGUUCUCCUCAAAGCAGAAUUCGUUGCCAAGAAAAAGAACCCUGUCGCUUAUUUACAGUCCGAAAAAGACACAGUACGCAAUUAGAAGAAGUUGUUGCGUCUCCAUUGUGUCAGUGUUCGAUGGGCAGCCGCUGCCCAAAAAAGCACACUGAUCUUGGAUCAAUACCUGCAAGUUCUUAUUCAGGAUACGAAUUAAAAAUCUUCAGCGGUUACUGCGUACCAACGCAUCAUAACGAGCCGAUGUAUGUUGUGUGA